GGAGCAGCUUGGUUUUCUGGAAGCUCCGUGGAGCUGCAGGUCCAGGGCAGGCAGGCAGGCACACGGGCAGCAGAGUGGAGCCGGAAAAGGCGACAGUUGAGGGGGGUAAACACAUAAACCAACGGCUGGAAAAGUGUCGCCGAGCCGGAGGAGAAAGAGCCGGAGGAGUGGAGCUGCUGAAUGGUUCCUGGAGAUUUUGAAUCCGCCCGUCAGUAGCCUAACACGCGACAAGGAGGGCUGUUUGUGUGCCUCCCUGGUAAAAACAAGAGAAAGUGAAAGGCUGCUCGGGAAGUGAAGAUCACUGUAACCCACCUGGAGCCUCGCUGUAACCCGAGCCUGAUGCACUAAAGGUCCGCCGGCUCUGUCCUCUGUCUCCGCCUCUGUGAGCACUUUGAAACAUUGUAACCGGAGCAGACACCAGCGGAGGAGUUGUUGGGUUGACAGCCACGUAUGGUUUGCUUUCUGUCACGGCAGUACGGUACUGGGAAGCAGUGGGAAAGGCGGGGCCGAACCGGUGGACUCCCAAACUGGGUUACUGAGCUCGCCCCUGUGCCAAUUCACCCACCGCGACGCAGCGUUAUUUUGGGGGGGGGGCGGGAGGUCGACGAAGGAGCCAACAACUGGAAUUUAGAACCCUUUCUUUGGAACUCUUUAACGGCUACCCUGCUGCGGACGGCACGAGCGGGGUUUUUGUCAGUUCUUUCUGCUCGUGGCCUCCGUUCACCUAGUUUAUUUAGGAGCACCAUCAGGUCUGGGACGCAUAUUUGGGGGAUAAUUCCCCCCCCCAGCUGGGGUCGGACUAUGGCGGACGACGACAUUCUCUUUGAAGAUGUGUACGAGCUCUGCGAGGUCAUUGGCAAGUUUGAGUGCAGCGAAGCUGCUGAAAGCCAACGGACUGAGUCCUGUAGUCCUGGAGGCCAGGGAUCGGGUCGGUGGUCGCACCUUCACCGUGCGGAAUAAGGAGACAAAGUGGGUCGACCUGGGCGGAGCUUACAUCGGACCAACUCAGAACUGCAUCCUCCGAUUGGCCAAAGAGUACGGCAUUCAGACCUACAAAGUCAACGAGCAGGAGAGCCUGGUGCAUUAUGUCAACGGAAAGUCUUACCCGUUCAAAGGCUCCUUCCCUCCCAUGUGGAACCCCAUCGUCUUGUUGGACUUCAACAACCUGUGGAGGACAAUGGACGAGAUGGGCCGGGAGAUUCCCAGAGAGGCCCCCUGGAGAGCUCCCCAUGCAGAGGAGUGGGACAAGAUGACCAUGAAGGAGCUAAUUGAGAAUAUCUGCUGGACCAGUACUGUUCGCCGCUUCGCCAAGCUGUUUGUCAACGUCAACGUGACCUCCGAACCCCACGAGGUGUCGGCUCUAUGGUUCCUCUGGUACGUGAAGCAGUGCGGAGGAACCAUGAGGAUCUUCUCCACCACUAACGGAGGACAGGAGAGGAAGUUUGUGGGCGGCUCCAGUCAGAUCAGCGAGUGCAUGGCCAGGGAGCUGGGAGAGCGAGUAAAGCUGCAGUCUCCGGUCUACAAGAUCGACCAGAGCGGGGACAUGGUCGUCGUGGAGACGCUGGACAAACUGACCUACACAGCCAAGUACGUGAUCGUGGCCACCCCUCCCGCUCUGAACCUGAAGAUGCACUUUAACCCCGAGCUGCCGCCGCUGAGGAACCAGCUGAUCCACCGCGUCCCCACGGGCUCCGUCAUCAAGUGCAUGGUCUACUACAAAGAGAACUUCUGGAGGAAAAAGGGUUACUGUGGCAGCAUGGUGAUUGAGGAGGAGGGCGCUCCCAUCGGCCUGACACUGGAUGACACGAAGCCGGAUGGGACUGUACCCUGCAUUAUGGGAUUCAUCCUCGCCCGCAAGUGCAGAAAGCUAUUAGGGCUGACCAAAGAGGAGAGGUUGAAGAUGAUCUGUGAGAUCUACUCCAGAGUGCUGGGCUCAGAAGAGGCUCUGCAUCCGGUGCACUAUGAGGAGAAGAACUGGUGUGAAGAGGAGUACUCCGGUGGCUGCUACGCGGCCUAUUUCCCUCCAGGAACCCUUACUCAGUUUGGAAAGGUGCUGAGGGAGCCAGUCGGCAAGUUGUACUUUGCCGGCACGGAGACUUCCACAGAGUGGAGCGGCUACAUGGAGGGGGCCGUGCAGGCUGGAGAGAGGGCCGCCAGAGAGGUUUUGUGUGCGAUGAAUAAAAUCCACCAGAGUCAGGUCUGGCAGACGGAGCCCGCGUCUAUGGAAGUCCCAGCGCGCCCGUUUGCCACCAGCUUCUGGGAGAGAAAUCUGCCUUCAGUCGGCGGCCUCUUCAAGUUGGUGGGAUUCUCCACCGUCCUGUCUGCUGCCACGGCAGCCGGCGUGGUGGCCUACAAGAAGGGCCUCCUGUCCCGGAGUUAAACCGCCCGCACGCAUCAUCUCACUCCUCUGCGUCUCAAGGGGACGACCAUCUCUACAGACACUGUGCUCUAUCGUACUUGUAUUGCACUACUUCACGGCCCAAAACUACAAAGUAGUGAACCACAUCAGGUGUUGUUCUGCUCACACAAAACACUAAAGUCUGUUUGAGAGAGAGAGAGAGAGAGAGAGAGACAGAGAGACAGAGAGAGAGAGAGAGUCAUGGGCCGAGCACACGUCGAAAGAUGCUAGUUAGAGAGGAGUGAAGAACUUCAGUUUAAAUCGACGAUAACAUUCAGAUUGUAAAAAACCAAUGAAGGAAAAAAAGAGCAGAAUCAGUUCUUAAAAGGAAAAAUAUAUACAAAUAUAGAUAUCGCUAUUAAUAUUCCAUACAUCGCCAAUGACGUACACAUUCUUGAUUGUGUGUGUGUGUGGGCUUGUAUGUGUGUGGGCUUGUAUAACUAUAUUCAUAGGGUCCAAAGACCGGGAGUCCAGUAUACUUGUGGGGUCCAAGUUUAAAGGGCUGUUUGAGGGUUAAGACUUGGU